CUGGCUCAAACUCAAACCAAAACACCUCUCCCUUUAACAUGGACUCCUCCCCUCAAUUCCUCUCUCAAAUCCACGAUCUCUCCUCGGAAUCCUCUUUAGGCUCAUGGGAGUCCCUCCCCUUCAACAUGAAUGACUCUGAGGACAUGCUCUUGUUUGACAUCCUCGCCCAAGUCUCAAAUGCUGAGACCAGCAGCAACGAAACAAACACAUGCAACUCCGCAGCACCAAACGAGGAAGAGGUCCAAUCGAAAAACCAACCCAAAGGAAAGUGCUACCGAGGUGUUCGAAGGCGUCCUUGGGGGAAAUACGCGGCAGAGAUCAGGGACUCAACGAGGCACGGGGUUAGAGUUUGGCUGGGGACGUUCGAGAGCGCUGAGGCGGCCGCCCUGGCGUAUGACCAGGCGGCGUACGCAAUGAGGGGAGAGAAUGCGGUGCUUAAUUUCCCGGUGGAGACGGUGAGGGAGUCGAUGAGAGGAGUGAGAGUGGAGAGCGUGGAGGAGGGAGGGUCGCCGGUGGUGGCGUUGAAGAGGCGGCAUUCGAUUAGGAUGAAGGCGAUGGGGGUCAGAAAAGGCAAGGAAACGAAGAAGAAAGUCGAGAGUGUGGUGGAGUUGGAGGAUUUGGGGGCUGAGUAUUUGGAGGAGUUGUUGAGGACUUCAACAGAGAUUGUUGGUCCUUGGUAAAUUGUAACAAAUUUUUGCUUAAUCUUGUUUUAUUUUUAGUCAGCUUCUUGUUCUUUUUAAGAGCUUAGAUUCUCUCUGCUGUCAGAAUGCAUCUAUCAUCAUUUAAUCAACGACUGUGAUUUGUUUUGGACAGAAAACGUCAAUAGAU